AUGAGUCACCAACGAAGCGAUGGCAAUGUACACGGCCUCGAUGUGAGAGAGGCGAAGCCAUCACAGGGUGAUCGCCCACGGCCCGUGUCAGAGCUUUUUAGGCUUGACAACCGCACGAUCAUCAGCGAGGUCGAGCAUGCAGCGAAGAAAUACGACCGUCGGCUCACCUAUUGCUCUCCCGAUGCGACAAACGAGGACGCUGUCCGCGAAACCUUUGCGAAGUUUAUGCCCGCCCUGCGAUUGCCCUUAAAGGGACUGGUUGCUUGCGCCGGCCUGUCACGAAACGGCCCAGCCACCGAAUUCCCAAUCGGGGACUUUCGACGAGUACCGAAUACUAAUGUGGGUGGCGGGGAUAUUCCUCAUUGCUCGAGCUCCGGCCAACGAGUUGAUCAAAACCAACACAACCGGCAGCAUGGUGCUGGUGGCCAGUAUGAGUGGAUUCGUAUCCAACAAGCCGAGUCCGGGGAAGGCCGGCGGGCCGACCUCCGCUUCAAAGCAUACAUGCCGAUUCACCGGAGCACUCGCCAAGUUUUCUCCACGCCGAUCGAUAAUAUGAACUCGGAGAAACGUCGAAAUAUUGUCGAUCCUGUUACUUAA